AUGGCUGUCCAUAUGCGCAAGCAGCCCGGCCAACUCACCGUCGUGAUAAAACUCGGAACCUCAUCCAUAGUGGACGAAAAAACACAUCAGCCCCUCCUCUCCAUCCUCUCCCUCAUUGUCGAGACAGCAUGCAACUUACGCACCGCCGGGCACCGCGUCGUAAUCGUGUCCUCUGGUGCCAUUGGUGUGGGCUUACGACGUAUGAACCUCCCACGACGUCCAAAACACCUCCCACAAGUCCAAGCGCUUGCGGCUAUCGGUCAAAGCAGAUUGAUGUCGCUAUGGGAUCAGCUAUUUGGCAACUUGGAGCAACCAAUUGCUCAGGUGCUGUUGACGCGAAACGACAUUGCCGAUCGAACACAGUACCAGAAUGCGCAGAAUACAUUCAUUGAACUCCUGAGCAUGGGUGUCAUUCCUAUUGUGAACGAGAAUGAUACUUUGGCCGUCACGGAAAUCAAGUUUGGUGACAACGACACAUUGAGUGCUAUAACUGCGGCUAUGGUCCAGGCGGAUUACCUCUUCCUUAUGACGGAUGUGGACUGUCUGUACGAUAAGAAUCCGCGCACCAAUCCAGACGCAAAAUCCAUUGCUGUUGUGGAAGAUAUUGCAGAGCUGGCAGCAGAUGUAAGCUCGGCUGGCAGUUCCCUGGGAACAGGCGGCAUGAGCACCAAGAUCGUAGCAGCAAGGUUGGCGACAAGUGCAGGUGUCACGACAGUCAUCACGAAGAGUAGUAAACCAGGCAACAUCUCUGGCAUUAUUGCGCACGCAGAGAAACAAAGAAAGGCAAGGAUGUCAAGUCGGAAUUCCGUCACCAACUUGCAGGAAGAAGGCGCAGCACAUGCUCAAGCAGCCUUGCAAGACUCAAAUCACGAUCUCUCUGCAUCUACAGCCUCGCUAGGCGAUCAACAGUUGGCUGGAAGCGCAUCGCCCAAACCAGAAGAACCAGUGCCCCUACACACCCGCUUCCUCCCGAUAUCCAACCCAAUCCGCGACCGCUACUUCUGGAUCUUGCAUGGUCUCGCACCUCACGGGACGAUAUACAUCGACCAGGGUGCAUGGGCUGCGUUGAGCGAUAAAGCUGGACUACUACCUGUCGGCAUCGUAGAAGUAGAUGGCCACUUCGCCCAGCAAGAAGCCGUACGCGUUGUCGUUGUCAAACGUCUAUCCAACCCAUCACACUCUCCCAAACCAGUGCAAUCACCAACGACCCCGCAACCGCCUACAACGCCUGGCGCUCUAGCCCACGGCGUACACGCCCCAAUACCAAUUCGACAUCCCCUUACGCACUCGUCGUCAUCAUCGUACUCGAUGAGUUCCUCACAGACACUGCAGCACCCACCCAAUUACGAACUGCACAACCCAGCACCGAUUGAGAUUGGGCGAGCGGUAGUGAACUACUCAGCUACCGAAAUUAGGAGAAUCAAAGGCCUCCAUUCGACGCAAAUUAGUGAGGCGUUGGGUUAUGCAGAUAGCGAGUAUGUGGCGUUGCGAGAGAACAUCGCCUUCUUUGGGGGCGAGAGGAGUAGACCUAGCACGCCCGACUUUAGGCAUGGAGAAAAGAAGAGUGAGGUGGUUGAGGCGCAUUGA